AUCUAGCCUGUGUAUUGUGUCAAGCAUGUGGAAACGUGAGACAUGAUUGAGGCACGAGACUAGGUCCUCUCCCCGUGGAACUCACAUGCUAAACGUAGGAAAAUCACGGCAAGCCUAGAGAUGCUCCAAGAGGUGCUGGAUGCGUUAGAAGGAGCAAUUCCUUCCACGGAGGGAAGCAGCCCUGCCAGUUGGCAAGAAGAAGGUCGGCAAAGCUGCUGAUAAGAGGAGUAUAAAGAGGGCUUUAGUCCGUGCAAGAGGCCAGUGGGCUACUCCAUUGGCAACAUGCUGCACUUCCUGGUGUUCGAAACCCUGGUCCUUUACCGACACAGCACCCAGGACUUUCCGGAAACCAACGCCCGGGUAGUUGAGGCUGGGAGGAAUUCCUGGCCCUCUCAGAUUUCCCUCCAGUACCGGUCUGGAGGUUCCUGGUAUCACACCUGCGGAGGGACCCUCAUCAGACAGAACUGGGUGAUGACAGCUGCUCACUGUGUGGACUCCUCAUUGACUUUCCAUGUGGUGGUUGGAGACCAUAACCUGAGCCAGAACGAUGGCACUGAACAGUACGUGAGUGUGCAGAAGAUCGUGGCGCAUCCAUACUGGAACAGCAAUAACGUGGCUACUGGCUAUGACAUCGCCUUGCUGCGCCUGGCCCAGAGCUUUACCCUCAAUAGCUACGUCCAGCUGGGUGUUCUGCCCCAGGAGGGAACUAUCCUGGCUAACAACAGUCCCUGCUACAUCACAGGCUGGGGCAGGACCAAGACCAAUGGGCAGCUGGCCCAGACCCUGCAGCAGGCUUACCUGCCCUCUGUGGACUAUGCCACCUGCUCCAGCUCCUCCUACUGGGGCUCCACUGUGAAGAACACCAUGGUGUGUGCUGGUGGAGAUGGAAUUUGCUCUGGAUGCCAGGGUGAUUCUGGAGGCCCUCUGCAUUGCUUGGUAAAUGGCAGGUAUUCUGUCCACGGAGUGACCAGCUUUGUAUCUAGCCAGGGCUGUAAUGUCUCAAGGAAGCCUACAGUCUUCACCCGGGUCUCUGCUUACAUCUCCUGGAUAAAUAAUGUCAUUGCCUCCAACUGAACAAUUUCCUGAGUCCAAUGACCUUCCCAAAAUGGUUCUUAGAUCUGCAACAGGACUUGUGAUCAACAAGUAAAAAACAUUCUAAAAGAAAAUAAAACAAGA